AUUAAGUAUCAACAGUAUAAUACGAAUUAAUUGUCACUCAAAGACUCUUGUCCACAAGCGCCAUAAUAACAACAACAACAACAUUAACAAUUACAAAUAUUCUUAAAGCAAUAAAGAGACAGAGUUAAGGAAGAAGAAGUAAAAAGGGGAGUCGUUCCUGAUUAAAAUUAAAACGGCAUCGACAACGUGCAACAAGCUCACGUCGAAGUUAAUGCUGUUGAACUGUAGCUACGAACAACAGUCCGCUGACAUGUAAGUCAACCCUUUCAGCCAUGCGAGAUAAUUGACAGCAACAAAAGGAUAAUCGUUAAAGGAUAAGAGAAACGACAUCAGGCGCAUAAUAACUUCGUAAAGUGAAACCAAUUAAACGGGCGCGUGAUUCCAGUAGAGCAGCCACCUAGCAACCAGCUGCAGGCGCAAGACAGGCAGCCAGAAGCAAGCGUGCAAUUUAAAAAUAAAAAUUAUAUAAAUAAUAAAAGUAAAUACAAAACCUGAGCGAAACAGAGUAAAACAGGCGAAAACAACGUUAAAAUAAGGCCUGUGCUCGAUAACAGUGGCGGCAACUCUGCCAUCGGUAGCGCAGACAACAUUGCCGAUUGUGUUGAAAAAUUCUAUAAAUAACGCAUGCAAGACUUCUUUUUACAGUAGCCAGUUUCAGUAAAAAAAAUAUACAAAAAACACAAACACAAACAAAGUGCUGAUAAAAAUAAUCGACUAACGAACGCCAAAAGCGAAAGUCCUUGCAACGUCAGUUUUAAGCGUGAAAACGUCAGUUGCGGAAGUGAGAGACGGAAACGGAAACGACAAUGAUUUCGUUUUGAUUUAUUUUUUUUCUUUUUCUUGGAAUUUAUUUGUGUGCGACGCCCCGUUGGCAUUAAAUAAAAUACAAAAAACGUUCGAAAAAGAAGAAGUAAAUAAAUAAAUGAUACGCAAGAGCGGAUGGCCGUUUUAUUAACGCCAAUUCAAUGCGAUAAGAAUUACUCCACUUACCAAUAAUCACAAUAACAAUAGCAGUAACAAUAGCAGUUAUAUUCAACACGUAACAAAUUACAGCGUAGCGUGACUCCUCUGCUUACUCGCUUAACUGACAAGCUGACAAAGUGAUUACUCGCCUUAUUUAUUAUUUGUAUGAAAGCAUUAAUUUCAAGUAUUUUCCGAGCCAUUUUCUGCGCACCCAAAUACAUGCAUAAAUACAUACAUAGACUUAACGUAUACGCCAGUCCACAGUUCGGACGCGGGAAAUUCAUUUAUACUACGGCUGAGGCCAAGUGCAAUUAAUCGACUAUUUUUUUUCGUGCUUGGCUGUUCUAACGAAUAAAUUCUCGUUAAGUUUUCAUUAAUUUAAAUAUAACUGUGAAAUAAUUUCCCAUUAACUUUGUUAUUUAUGAAAAUAUUUAAUCAGUUAUUUUGUGCUUAUGAAAAAAUUUACAUAUAAACAGAGUAAUUAUUUAGAAUCCUUUUGAUUUCGGAACUAACGCACAUAUCGAUAAAACGUACAAUAAUAUGGUGCACACAUACACAUGUGCACGCAUACAUACAAACUAUGUAGUGUAAUAACAAAGGACGUAAUUAAAUACAAACAAAGGCGCGCCGCGUGAAUUGUCGAUAAUUUGUCGACUUGUUUUUAUAAAAUUAACGCCAAAAUCAGCGCUGAAAGGCAAUUUAAACAGGAAGAACAACAAAAUGACGCAUUGGCUGUUAAUACUGUUGGCAUUGUUGAUGUAUGCAGGUUCACUUGAGGGUGCCUCGAAACGUUUCUUCACCGAUUUUCUACAAGAUUUGCCUACACCGGGCACCGGUGGCCCCACAUUCGAUACAACUGUGCCUACGAAUAUUACCGGUUUGGUAGGCAAGACAGUGAAGCUCACUUGCCGAGUGAAGAAUUUAGGCAAUCGAACAGUCUCUUGGGUACGCCAUCGUGACAUUCACCUGCUGACAGUCGGUCGUUACACCUACACAUCGGAUCAACGUUUCGAAGCAAUGCAUUCGCCGCAUGCUGAGGAUUGGACGUUACGUAUACGCUACGCACAACGCAAAGAUUCGGGCAUCUAUGAGUGUCAGAUAUCAACAACACCACCGAUUGGACAUUCCGUCUAUCUCAAUAUAGUGGAACCCAUCACUGAAGUAAUUGGUGGUCCAGAGCUACAUAUAAAUAGAGGUUCAACAAUCAAUUUGACUUGUAUUGUAAAAUUUGCUCCCGAGCCGCCGCCAACAGUCAUUUGGUCACAUAAUCGAGAGGUCAUAAAUUUUGAUUCACCACGUGGCGGCAUAUCACUGGUAACUGAGAAAGGUGUAGUCACCACCAGUCGACUAUUGGUGCAGAAGGCCAUACAGCAGGACUCAGGACUCUACACAUGUACGCCAUCGAAUGCAAAUCCUACAUCGGUGCGCGUGCACAUCGUUGAUGGUGAACAUCCAGCUGCAAUGCAUCAUGGACACGCCACAUCACAAGUCCAACCACCGCCCGCUACAUUCCUAUUAUUUUUAGUAUUCCUAGCAGUAUUGCUAUUGCAAGAGCACCCACAGUCAUCGCGAAAACGGAAACUACAACAACAACAACAACAGCGACCACAACAGCACAAGCUGCGGCAACGCAUUCGAUGGAAGUGGUGGCAGAGCAGUCAAUGGAGUGCAAAAUUCGUGGUCUGCCAACGAACAGAGUCAUUUACUACGGUGCUUUCAGAAGAAGGGGUAGAACGUGAAGCGUAUGAGAGGGAGGGCCAUAAAAGUCAUCAUGUACAAGAGAAACUAUUGCUGGCACUGCCGAAUGAACAAAGACGUUGGGAGACCAACAUAUUAAGACCAACAACAUAGCCAUCAAAUGGCGCUAGCAGAGUGAGUAAAAUGGUACUCGAGUUGAUGUAAAUUAAGUUCCCCUCCAAUCCUAAUAAACGAACAAAAUAGUAAAGUACUUUUAUAGGCGCUUUAACUGGAAUAUUAAAUAAUGAGAAAAUAUAAAACUAUGAACUAUGUGUGUAAAGUUUGUGUGCAAGUAUACGUGUAGGUGUAUGUGAUUAUGAGAGUACAUAUUUAUAACAUGAAUGUUAAGUUAAAGACAAGAACAACAAACGCACCAGCAGCAGCAGUCAGUUAUUAUCACUAGUAAUGUAAGAAAGAUUUUUUUUUGUAAAAAAAAAACAAAAGAAAACACAAAAAAAGGCAAAUGUAUUUAUAUUGUAUUUAUGUAUAAAAAUAAAAAUAAGGGUUAAAUUAAUGAAUGCUUAGCAAAACAAAAGAGAGAAAAAACAAAAAUUAAGUAAAUUAAUAUGUGCAGUAAGGUAAAAAAACGUUGGCAACGCUUGUAUGGUGACAAAUGUCUCAGAGCAACUGCUGCAAAAGAAAAUUGGCAAGCCAUUGACUUUAUUGACCCAUAAGAAAUAUUUGCAAAGCACUAAAAAAAAGAUGUGUAAUUUACACUCAUUAAAAACAAAAUGCGCAGAACUAAAAGUAGAACAAAUUUCAAAUUCUGCAGCCACAAACACUUGACGCCGAAAGUAUCAACAACCAUUUUAAACUUAAAAUUAGCCAACUUUCUGAAGUGUGAAAAUUUUCAACCUUCUAAUACCUUUUUGGCUGCUUAAAUGCAUGCUUUUACGAGCUGCAUUUUUUACAAAGCAAAUUUUAAUCUACACUCUACCCACGCCACUAAUAAUCCUACGCUUUUUUAUAUUGCAAAAAAAAUUAAAUUGGAUUACAUUUGUUUUCGAAAACACAAUGCAAUGCAAUACUUAUCACCUCCGCAUUUCUCCAACAUUCUCACACUCAAAUCACUCACUCUCCACCUUUAAAAGUAAAACUUCACAUGUCAAUAUUAUAUGGAAAAAUUGCAAGAAAACAUAAAAACAAGUUCAAAAUUAUAUAGAUAUGUAUACUUCAAUCUCUUUAGAUAGUGAAAUACACCUAUGGAAUACUUCUCAAUGUACAUCUAAUUCAAAGGCAUUUAACUAGAAUACUUACAUAUGUAGUUCGAACUA